AUGGACGAUGACUUGUACGCCGCAGACGUGCCGCAGUUGAGUCCGUUUAGCCGGAUGCCGCACGAGCUUCUCCUCUACGUCGCGCGGCAGCUGUCUGUGGCUGACCUCGGCGCGCUGCGGCUCGCCAGCCAGCAUCUAUCAAGCAUCCUGCGUGUGCUGCUGGCGCGCAAGGAAUUUGUGGGCGUGCCGUGGCGGGACAAUGCGGCGCGGCUGGAUGCGCUCUCGCGGUGGCCCGAGUGCGCGGCGCAGAUUCAGCGGGUGCGCAUACGCUCUCGCGCCGUAUACGAGGACGAGGAGCUGUUGGCGUGGAUCAGCGGCGACAGAGCAGGGCCGGAGAGCUUGGAAGCCGCGUUGUGGCCGACGAUCGCGGUGGCGCGACGCCUCAGGGCGCAUCCCGAGGAGAAGCGCAUCGUGCCGCUUAGAGCGGACCUGCUGUGCGAGGCACUGUGUCGGCUACCCAAGCUGGAGGAACUGACGCUCACGUGGGAGCGCUUUCCGUUUCUAUCGCGCGCGGACUUGGGCCUCGACGCCGAGCUUCUGAACGGCGGCGGCGGCGACGAUGAUGCGGAUAGUGAGCUCAGGCGGCAGCUCGCUUACACGACAAGCGGAUGGCAGGUGGAAAUGCUCGUGGACCUCGCGACGGACAUGCAGCCUUUGCGCGCUCUAAAAAUGGCUCCGUUUGCGCUCGACGCCAUGGAUCAGGCCAGCUACCUCCCCCUCAUCGCCAACCUCUUCAACUCGCUCGUGCAUCUCGACUUGCAGCUGACGACGGAUGCGCAGCGCGCGGAUCCCAGCAUCCUCAGCAAGCUCGAAGACGUGCUCGAGAGUGCGUGGGUGUUGCGCGAGCUACGCCUCGACCUUGACGACCGCGGCGGAGAUGGCGAGCGCACAAGGCAUCACCACCAACAUGACGACUUCCUCCCCCAGACGCACCUCGCCAACCUUCAGUCACUGACCCUUGUGCGCGCCCACGUGGCUAGCCUGCGGGAUUUGGCUGCUUUUCUGCAGCGCCACUCGCGGACGCUGCGUAGCCUGGAGCUGUGCGACGUGCGCGGGGGCUGGCCAGGCACCGACGGGGCCGCGGCGUCGUGGGAGGAUGUCUUUCGCACGGUGCGGGGGGGUUUGCUCAAGCUGGCGCGCGCGAGGCUACGGGGAUACUUUGCGGAUCAUGCGCGGGAGAUUGCCUUUUGGGUAGAUGGAGAGAAGGAGGAUAAAGAAGAAGUAGAGGGGGAAGGGAAGGAAGGGAAUGGAUCAAGGCAUGGGGAAGGAGAAAAUGGAGAGGGAACCUCGCACGCACCGGAGAUGAUGUCCGGCGUGGAUCCGGAGCCUUUGGAGAGGUAUCUGAUGCGGCUGGGUGAGUUUCCGACGCUCAAGUGGAGAGAUGUUCAUGUUUGA